AAGUAAUAGGUAUAUGAAUUGAUUUGAGUUUAAACUUAAGAUUGAAACUCAAAUGAAAGAGACCUGAACUAGUAUCUCACCGUCAAUAAAAUGGCAUCAAGAAUAAAAUAUCUGUGGCUUCUGGUUUUCCAAGUUAUCCUAGUGAUACUCUUCUUUGUCUUCGUUAGAUAUGAUGGCGAUAAAAAUGUCAAUAUUAGAGGUUACGAAGAUGCCCACGUGAUGAUCUACGUCGGUUUCGGGUUCCUGAUGACAUUUCUCAUGAAGUACUGCUACGGUGCGCUCGGUAUCAAUUGGAUGCUGGCCGCACUAGUCGCCCAGUGGUCCAUUAUCACCCAGGGCUUGUUCCAUAUGAAGGACAUGACUAUACCUCUGAACAAGAAGACGAUUCUUGAAGCCGACAUAAUGUCAGCAACGGUCCUCAUCACAUUCGGGGCAUUACUCGGCCGCGCCAGCGUGAAUCAACUACUUUUCAUUGCUAUCGUGGAGGCGCUCAUAGGCAGCCUUAACUUGUACCUCAUAGAAGCAGUUAUUAAGGCAUCAGAUGUCGGUGGCUCAAUGGCAAUCCAUUCAUAUGGGGCGUUCUUCGGGAUCGCAGUAAGCGGCGCCUGGGUAUGCUGCAGGAAACAAAGAGACCAGCCCCAGGAUGAGGGUCAUCCACUCGAGAAACCGUCCUACAUGACUGACGUGACGUCGAUGAUUGUGAGCGGCGCCUGGAUGCGCUGCAGGAAACGACGAGACCAGCCGCAGGAUGACGUUCAUCCGUUCGAGGGACCUUCCUACAGUUCCUACACGACUGACGUCACGUCGAUGAUUGGCUCAAUAUUCUUGUUCAUCUAUUGGCCUUCCUUCAACGCCGCGCUCACGGGCUCUGACGCUGACUACCAGAGGGCUGUGGUUAAUACUUACCUGUCACUCGCAGCGUGCUCGGUAGUCACCUUCGUCCUAUCAGCGUUCCUUCGCCACGGCAAAUUCGAGAUGGAGCACAUCCAAAACUCAACACUCGCCGGCGGCGUUGGCGUCGGUACGGUGUGCAACAUGCAUAUAACCGCCGGUGGAGCUAUCCUAAUAGGGAUAGGUGCUGCUUUCGUUAGCGUUUUCGGAUUUGCGAAGCUGAAGGCAAGUCUCUAUAUUCAGUAUGGCAACCCGUUCCUCAUAAGGAAGUGCGGUCUCCUGGACACAUGCGGCGUGUUGCACCUGCACGGCUUUCCCGGGGUCUAUUCCGGUAUCAUCUCCGUCAUAGUCGCAGCGCUCGCGACUGAGAAGAUGUACGGCGCAGAAGGCCUGAAGACUGUCUUUGAAGCUAUUGGACACGGACGGAGCACAGGUAUGCAGGGUGCCAUGCAACUGGCGGCGCUUUUGUGUUCGCUGGGCCUGGCAAUCGUUUUUGGGGUCAUCACAGGUUGCAUAACCAGGUUGAAGAUAUUUGAUCCUUUAUCGAAGGAACAGCAGUUUAACGACGAGCAAUUUUGGGAGAUUCCUACUUAA